AUGAAGACCACCAUUCUCAGCGUCACUGCUGGCGUUCUGGUCCUCUUCGGUACUACCCAGGCCUUCGAAAUCCCGGACGUCGUGCCCGCUGUCACCUUCAACAUGCCCAUCAACAUCACUGACAAGAACAACGCCACCGUCCCUAUCACUGGCACCAUCCAGCAAGCUCCCAAAGGAGAAGAGAAGACCGUCACCAUCAACAUCGAGGAUGGCAUCGCGUACCUCUCGAAUCUGCCCGGCCUCACCCAGAACGACACCGGCCAGUGCGGCCGCGUGAGCUGCUCGUACAACUCGGCCAUUCUCUGGCGCAACACCGAUGUCAAGAAGAAGUAUGUUCCGUGGCUGGACAUUGCCGACUCUGCGUUUGAUAUGUGCCUUUGA